GGGAGGCGGUGCCAGGCUCACAUUGGCCCAGCGGGCGCCCCUCCUCGGUGGGCCUGCCCAGUGCCGAGUGAAAGUGAUACUGCCCUGUGGCCAGAGGAGGAGGCGACUGAGGAAACAUGGCUGAGUUUAUGCGGCUGCAGAACUCUCUGGCGCUGAUUCGCCUACGAAACCCGCCCGUCAACGCGAUCAGUGCAACUGUCCUCCAUGGAAUAAAAGAGGGUCUGCAGAAAGCUCUAACAGACCAUACAGUGAAAGCCAUUGUGAUCUGUGGAGCAGAUGGCAUCUUCUCUGCAGGUGCUGAUAUCCGUGGCUUCAGCGCUCAUAGAACCUCUGACUUAACACUGGGAAGUGUCGUAGAUGAAAUACAGAGAAACGAGAAGCCUGUGGUGGCGGCUAUCCAACGGGUGGCUUUAGGAGGGGGACUGGAGCUGGCCCUGGGCUGUCACUAUAGGAUUGCCCAUGCAGAGGCUCAUGUUGGUUUCCCAGAAGUCACACUAGGAAUCCUUCCUGGUGCAAGAGGAACCCAGCUUCUCCCCAGACUUACUGGAGUUCCUGCUGCACUGGACUUAAUUACCUCAGGAAGACAUAUUUCGGCAAAUGAAGCACUUAAGCUGGGUAUCCUAGAUAAAAUUGUUAACUCAGAUCCAGUUGAAGAAGCAAUCAAAUUUGCCCAGAGAAUUUCAGAUCAACCUCUGGAAUCCCGUAGAAUCUGCAACAGGCCGAUUCAGAGCUUGUCCAACAUGGACACCAUUUUCAGUGAAGCCCUUCUGAAGAUGCGGAAACAGUACCCUGGGUGCCUUUCUCAGGAGACUUGUGUCCGUGCAGUCCAGGCCGCUGUCCAGUAUCCCUAUGAGGUGGGCAUAAAGAAGGAGGAGGAGCUGUUUAUGUACCUUCAGAACUCCGGGCAGGCUAGAGCCCUGCAGUAUGCUUUCUUGGCUGAGAGGGCCGCAAAUAAGUGGUCCACUCCCUCUGGAGCAUCUUGGAAAACAGCAUCAGCACAGCCCAUCUCCUCUGUUGGCGUUCUCGCUGAGACACUUCUGAAAAGCCUUAGUCUGGCCCACCUGUGGUGUGGACCCUGCGUUGUUCGGAGCCCCAGAGGUCCUUCAGCUCUGAGAGGCUUGGGAACAAUGGGCCGAGGCAUCGUCGUAUCUUUAGCAAAGGCCAAAAUCCCUGUGAUUGCUGUAGAAUCAGACAAGAGGCAGCUAGAGACUGCAAACAAGAUAAUAACCUCCAUCGUGGAAAAGGAAGCAUCCAAAAUGCAGCAGAGCGGCCACCCUUGGACAGGACCAAAACCCAGGUUAACCACAUCUAUGAAAGAGCUUAGUGGUGUGGAUUUAGUCAUUGAAGCAGUAUUUGAGGACAUGAACCUGAAGAAACGGGUCUUUGCUGAACUGUCAGCCGUGUGCAAGCCAGAAGCAUUUUUGUGCACCAAUACUUCAGCCCUGGACAUUGAUGAGAUUGCGUCUGCCAGCAAUCGUCCUCACUUGGUCAUUGGCACCCACUUCUUCUCCCCAGCUCAUGUCAUGAAGUUGUUAGAGGUUAUUCCCAGCCGAUACUCUUCUCCUACUACCAUUGCCACUGUUAUGAAUUUAUCAAAGAAGAUUGAAAAAAUUGGAGUAGUCGUAGGCAAUUGUUUUGGAUUUGUUGGGAAUCGAAUGUUGUCCCCUUAUUAUAGUCAGACUUAUUUCUUAUUAGAAGAAGGCAGUAAACCAGAGGAGAUAGAUCAGGUGCUGGAAGAGUUUGGUUUCAAAAUGGGACCUUUUAGAGUGUCUGAUCUUGCUGGGUUGGAUGUAGGUUGGAAAUCCCGGAAAGGGCAAGGUCUUACCGGACCUGCGUUGCCUCCAGGAACUCCUGCCCGAAAGCGAGGCAGCUCCAGAUAUUGCCCAAUUCCUGAUAUGCUCUGUGAGUCAGGACGCUUUGGCCAGAAGACAGGGAAGGGUUGGUACCUUUAUGAUAAGCCAUUGGGUAGGAUUCACACACCUGAUCCCUGGCUUUCCAAGUUUCUGACCCAGUACAGAGAAACCCAUCACAUUGACCCACGUGUCAUUAGCCGGGAUGAGAUCCUUGAGCGCUGCUUAUAUUCACUCAUCAAUGAAGCAUUCCGCAUCUUAGGGGAAGGGAUAGCAUCUACCCCAGAGCACAUCGAUAUUGUCUAUUUACACGGGUAUGGUUGGCCAAGGCACAGGGGUGGGCCCAUGUUCUAUGCGUCCACAGUUGGGUUGCCCACAGUGCUAGAGAAGUUGCAGAAAUAUCACAGGCAGAAUCCUGAUAUUCCCCAACUGGAGCCUUGUGACUAUCUGAAAAAACUGGCUUCGCAGGGAAACCCUCCUCUGAAAGAGUGGCAAAGCUUGGCAGGACUCCCCAGCAGUAAACUGUGAUUCAGCCUUUCAGGUUUUGCCUCACAUGCUGGCAUCAGGUAUUGCUCACUGAAUUUCACUGAAGCUAAAUCCAAAGAUCCAAAGUAAGAUUGUUCUGAAAUACAAAGCAAAAGAAAUCAUUGGCCGGCUACAACUCCUCUGUGGGUCUUCUGUCCGAUAAAGAUUCUAAUGGCUCAACUCUUAAGGCAUGUGCUUCCUUUGUCUGGGAAUCUGUCCCUAUCAGAUAAAUUAUUUCAAUUGCAGUGAACAAAUUUGUGUUAACACCAUGAUAGCUAAGGAGAGAGCCUCAGGAAUAAGUUGAGGUUCCCAAGUUCUCUGAUCAUUGGAGAAAUAUGUCAUCAGUUAUUAAGUGAUCAAUGCCUAAUUCACUUGAGCCCUUUCAGCUUCACACACGUAGCCCUGAUAGGCAAUCUCACGGGCCCUUCACUCACCAGACACUCACUGUGCCCCCCUGAGCAUCUUGCACAGCAGCGGUUGACAGACCUGGAGUCCGGAGGGGCAUUCAUGCAGCAAGGACGCCUGUGACAAAGUUCACUUCAGAGUCUCAAGGUGGAGUGGAGGUGGUUGACAGGGUAGAGUCAGCAGUAACGGUCUCUAUGAGUGAGCUUGGAAAGCUGCCCAGGGAGAGGCAGAGGAUCAGCAGCAGAGUGGUGUUGACGUUCAGGCCAAGCAUGGUUGGGAGUUGGUGAGGAAAGCACAUACUUCAGGCCAGAAUGGGGCGGUCAGGGUCGCUUGGCAAGUCGUGCUCCGUGUAUCACUUCUGUCCAAGGCCCGUGCACAUAGUUGUCCUUGCUGCUUGCGAAGGGCUCAGUAACAUUUGAUGAUAGUUUCCUCCAGACCCCUGGAUGUCCACAACCUGGUCUUCAUGUACUCUCCUAUUUAAGCAGAAGUAAGGGAAAGUAGUAAGUUGUUGACUUAGUGUAAGAUGGGCUCUCAGGGAUCAAACCUCUUCUAAUUCUGUGAUAAAGUAAUAAUGUGUUUCCCAGUCAUGAGAAGCCUUUGUGAUGUUGGGUAUGAAAUGGUUGAGUCUUAACAAAUCUAAAAUUAUUGCCAAACAAAUUUUGUAUAAUUUUGUUAUAAGAAUUCUUCUCUUUUUUACUUGUUGCCUUACAUGGUUAAAAGUUGAGGGGCUAAUACACACCUUACUAAUAAGAAAAAAAGUAUCGAGUUGUACACUUUAAAUAUAUGCAGUUUAUUGUAUGUCAAUUGUACCUCAAUAAAAGUUCUUAAAGAAAAAAAAGUUGAGGGGCUCGUCAACACAAAACUGGUACACAGAUGUUUACAGCAUAAUUAUUCAUAAUAGGCCCAAAUUGGAAACAACCCUAAUGUCCAUCAACUGGUGACUGGAUAAAUAAAAUGUAGAAUAGCCAUGCAAUAGGAUAUUAUUUAGUCCUAAAGAGAAAUGAAGUGCUCUUACAUGCUACAGCAUGAUGCACCUUGAAAAUAUUGUGCUAAAUGAAAAAACAGGCAAAUCUAUUGAGGCAGAAAGCAGAUUCCAGGUUGCCUAAGGCUGGAAUGAGUGAGGGUGGGGAAUGGGGAGUAGCUACUAAUGGGUGCAGGGUUUCUUUCUGGGUUGAUGAAAAUGUCCUGAAAUUAUGCUGGCGAUGGUUGCAUAACUCUGUGCACCUACUAAAAACCAUUGAGCUGUGUGCCUUAAUUGUGUGACCUGUGUGCUGUGUGAACUAUAUGUUAAUAAAGUUACUAAAUAAGUAAACAAAGAAACAAAUGGGCUUAGGUUAGUGUCUUUUGGGGUGAUGUAAAUGAACUGUUUUUUACAGUAGUUUCACCAUUGAACCCCAACAAAAUUACCAAAAGUUCUGAUAAAGAAAUAUUGAAAGAAUAUAGUACAAUUUUUCUAUUGUAAAAAACAAGCCAAAAAAACUUCUAGA